GAAGCUCAGCCGGCGGGCGCGGGGCGAGGCCGGUCAUUUCCGGCCGCGCUGGGCGGUCCCAGCGCGGCUACAAGUUUCACUUUUGGGUCCUGAGCCCCGCGGCCGCCGCGGCCCGCGGAGCGCUCCGCUUUGGAGGCCCCAGAGCGCGGCCCGCGCCACCCCGGCCCCCGCGCCACCCUAGGCUUCCUGCGCCCGGAACCUAGGCGCCAAGGUCAAGGUCACGCCCCGAGCCGCGGGCCUCCGCCCCCGGGAGCAUGGCGUCCGCCUUCGAGCAGGUGGUGAAGAGCGUGGUGCAGGAGCUGGACCAGGGCCGGGAGCUGGUCCCCGUGGACAGCCUGCGGAGCUCCACCAGCUUCCAGCCCUACUGCCUGCUGGGCCGGAGGCCGCCCAGCUCCUGGUUCUGGAGGUCCCACUACAGGGGCAUCAACCUGUCCCUCAGGGACAUCCUGGAGCCCAGUGACCCCGAGCCAGACACCCAGCGCAUUGGCUGCUUCCAAUUCCAAGACGCGGUGGACGGGCAGCUGCAGGGCCAGGUGGAGCUGACGGCGGGCCCGGGGCAGGGCGGGUUCUCGGGCGGGGCCGCCAUGUCCGGCAGCUCCAGUGCCUCCAUGGACGUGUGCGGGCUGCAAGUGAACCCCAACGUCUGGGCAGACAUGCUCCAGGAGAGGCGCCUUCGGCAGCCGGAGCACAAGGUCCUGCAGCAGCUGCGCAGCCGCGGGGAGGACGUGUUCGUGGUGACGGAGGUGCUGCAGACGCAGAAGGAGGUGGAGGUCACUCGGACCCGCAGGCAGGAGGGCUCCGGCAGGUUUGCGGUGCCCGGAGCCACGUGCUUCCAGGGCCAGGGCCAGGGCCACCUGAGCCGGAAGAGGACCGUCACCAUCCCCAAGGGCAGCAUCCUCGCCUUCCAGGUGGCCCAGCUGGUUAUCGACGGGUCGAAAUGGGACAUCCUCUUCCAGCCUGACAAGAAGAGGAGGACCUUCCAGCCGCCCCAAAAAGGCAGCCAGCCCCAGGAGCCGUCCCCCGGCUUCUCCUUCAGGUCCAUCGCUAAGCGCCUCAAGCUCUUAUCAGAUGGGCUGGAGGAGGACCGGCAGGCGCCCUCGGAGGACUUCCCAGGCCUGCAGGCGGAGGUGCGGGCCUGGGCCCGGGACCUGGAGAGCAUGGCCAAGCCGCUGUGCCGGCAGCUGCUGGGCGCCCUGAGUCGGGUGCUGCGGGACGAGCAGGCCCUGGAAGCCCUGGAGGAGGCGGUGGAGCAGGGCCUGAGCUGCGGGCAGGUGGACACCCUGCAGGGUCCCUUCGGCAACGUCCUCGAGUGCCUGGUGCUGCGCUCCGGGGAGCUGGUGGAGGACCUGGCCAGGCCCGUCGCCUACCUGCUGGGAGCCCUGGCCGUGCUGAGCGAACCCCAGCACCUGCUGCUGGCCGAGGCGCUGGAGACCGAGGCCCUGUCAGAGCCCUUCCAGCUGGUGGAGAGCCUUUUGAAGCAGACCACCCCGUGGCAGGAGCCCAUGGCCCUGGCCCUGCCCCCGGAGCUCGUGGGCAGCAGCUGGGGCGCGGAGGUGCCCACCUGGGCGCUGCUGGAGGAGUGCGGCCUAGAGCUGCGGGCGGACACCCCCCAGGCGAGCUGGCGGCCCGAGGCCCAGGGCCCGGCGUGCGCGCUCUACGCCUGCCUGGCCCUGCUGCUGACGCUGAGCCAGCUCUGCUAGCCACCGGCCUCCCCCGGCAGCUCUGGGCAGUGCGAGCCCCGCCCCCGAGGCCCCUCCCCACGGGGCUGGGGGCUGGGGGCUGGGGAGAGUCAAUAAAUGUGACUCACAAAGGGAAGA